CUCAGUAAUAAAACAAAUAACUAUUGUAAGCUCUUCUAGCCUAAUGAUUCCCAUAAUCAGCCGACUGUGCUCACGUGUGCAAAGUGGUUACGGCACGCACCAUGCUGCUAUCACGUAAAAGGCCACUGGAGUAAUUUCACAUUUAUCAAUGCAAACGGCCAUUAUCCGAGCAGCCGGUUGGGCUAUGAUUCAAGCCGUCAGUGGGAGCGCAGCGCCCGGCGUGUGAGUGGAACUCCCUCCCUAGUGAAGACCUAGGGCGGGGCAUGACGCGGGACAUCUUCUGUCUAUACCACCUGCCUUCCACGCACCUUUACGCAUCUCUGCGUCACACGGCGGCACCAGAAACGAUCGGAAUGCCGCCCUGCGGGCAGCCUCAGCCGCAACUCACGCAGCGACAUUCCGCCACAUUGUAGCAUUCACGCCACCCUUCCCGCGUGCCGACUGGAAUAGCUGGGCAGGCCGGGCGACAGGACGGGGCACAACGGCUGGUCUUUCUGCUAGAACAGGCUGGUGGACAAAAACAUUUCAUCUUCAUGAGUGUACGCAUGGGCUCUGUGACACCUCCAUAGUCCGACUUUCGUUGGAGGAACGCGAUAAACAAUUCUUAGGUUGAGAAGAAGGCACUACAAGAUGGUGCAACUGUACUACUAUGAGAACCUCGGGGCGGAGUGUCGCAAGCUUCUGGCCAAGACGGACUACCCGGUGAAGGUUGUCCUGUUCCCGUACGAGGGUUGGGCGGCCUCCGCUCUGCGCGUUACCUGGACCCUGAAGUUACACAAGUGGAGCCGGUCCCGCUGCAAGGUGGUGGAGAAGUGCGGCAGUCGGAUGGCGCAGUCUACGGUGGCGAAGGUGACGGAGUUCGCCAAGGGGUACAUGUCUAUCCGAGGGAGAUUCAAAGGCGUCAAAGACCCCGACUUUGAACUGUGUUUGACGUCGCAUGUUUCUAAUGCGGACUUCCACGACGGGUACCUGCUGACCGGGACGCUAGAGCGGGGCGACCGCGGGGAGGGGAGGAUGGAGCUCACCCACUUCGCCAUGGUGCGGAGAGACCCGUACUGAAGUACCGGGAAUCAUUCAGCUGACUCGCACCGACCACAAGCAAUGACGAAGGCCGAAGCGCUGAUCAAAACCGGUAGCAAUAUUAUAGAUGAGAUCUAUCCCACAAAUACACCGCAAAGACAAGCUUCCGUGUCCCUAAAUAUCUUUCGAAUCAGUUCUCCGGGCUGAAAUCUGGCAAAUGUAGCAACCGGUAACACAAUGGCGAUCUAUGUACUAUAAAGUACCGGCUUAUGUCAUGUUAUGAUACCACCUUUUUUUCACAGCCACGGCUAGCCAAUCUCUGUUACGAGCAUCUGCCUUUAAUAUUCACAAUCCCGUAGCUAAAUCGCUAGCCUAGUCAGGUAGUGGCUGCCAUAGUAGCACAGGUAUAAGUAGAAUUAUAUAUGAAGGCCCCCAUACGGCGCACAAGAUUGCUUUCAUUGUGUGUAUGCACCACGUUGAACCAAUACUCAGCACAUGUACAGCCGCAUAAAUAGGAAGCUUAGCUGGAGUAUCUGGUGUUUGUCGGCCGCUGUCUGCCUCUGCUUCUAUAGUUAUCCGAUAAUAUCAGUUCUCGGUGCUUAACUGAAGCGUUCGCUCGCUGUGCGUCAAAUGUUGACAUUGAAAAAUCUGGCGAUAACUGGGCGAUGAAACGACGCGGACGUGUGCAGUCAUUUUGAGCUGCAUAUUAUAUUUGCCAAUAUUCCGGGAUAUGAAAUUUUCCUUUGUUUGCAUCAAAUGCACACCAGAGACAUGCAUUGCCUUUUAAUAUUGACGAGCCAAUAAUUGGGUUUGUGUUUCAAAUCAUCUUGAUGUAUUCCUAAUUGGGAUUUAUGACCCUCAUUUGGCCGUCGCCAUCAUUUUUCCUGUAUGUCCUUAAUAUAUCAAAACGUUGUACAUCUUGCAAAAUUGCUGUCUGCCAUUUGCCGAAACGUGUUCAUUAUUAUUGUAUGAAUCCUGCGCCCUUCUGAGAUUAUAGUCAUAAAAGCAUAUCAUACAGAGCACCAAUCAGGCAACCUCGCCCGAUAUGAUCGUCUAAGCGGGUGAAGUCCCAGAGCGACUUUGACAGAUCGCUGUCGUUACAGAAACAAUUUGGAAGCGCCCGAUAAAAAGGCUGGGACGCGCUGGGCCCGACCUAUACGCAGUACAGGCACGCGCUAUGUAGCCACGUUAUCUACGGAGGAAUUUGUAACCUAGGGUAGAUUUAGUAGCAGAUUUAAAGACCCCUUGGCGCCGUAACUGCCCUCAAAAUCCUAUUAAGUACCGACCAUUUCACCAAAUUACUUCCCGCCUUCACAUCAAUAUAUGCUCGGCCUCACAUUGCCAUUCUGGGAAAUAUAUAAACGCCGUCCUUGUUCACAUGUAACAUUAGGUCUCACUGAACUGAUGAUUGGAAAUAUGUACCAGUCCCUCUGGAAGGGGUGGAAUAUACGAACGUCAUGUGUAAUAUGAUGUGAAAUCAAGAAUUAUUUCAACACUGCAUCCACUGUGCGAAAUUCAAUUUUUCAGCAUGUGUAGAGAUGAAUUUUCAUUUGAAAGUAAUGCUUUACGUAUGGUUUACGAAUCCUUUAAGGUCCGAUUUCGUGCAGUGUAUACGUAUUUAUGCGUUAUAAUGAUAAUUUUUAUGUAUGUAUGUGCAUUCAUUUUCACAAAUGUUCUACAUCGCUGGCGAGUAUGUGUCUAUGUCAAUGAAUAAAACAAAACCUUCAAGCGUU